UUCCCCCCCGAGUUGAAAAUGGAGUUCGAUUAAAGCAGAUGUCCACCAACUUCUGAAGGAAACUAAAACUCUGAGACGUUUUCACUUCACGCGUCAGCACUAAUAUUGAAAACGGUUUAGCCUCCGUUUUUUUUCUCUCUCUCUUUUUUUUAAGCUUUGGAUGCCUUUACUUGCAAAAUUGCUCGGACACGUUGACGGAGCAACGCUGCACAGCGCUUUUUCAAGUGUUGUCCUGGACCUGAAGUUGGCGAAUGGAUGCUCGACAGCCAGCCAUAAAUAACCUGCCAAACCGUACAGGCUACAGCAAUUCCUGCAUUUUUUGAGGAUCUAUACACAUUUUUUCCAAACCGGGGAUCUGUGCUCGUUGAAGAGGAUGAUGCCAAUGGCCCAUUUGUUGUGGUCGGAUUUUACUUCCAGGGAGGAUAAAAUGAAUCAACGAUUGUCAUUCCUCCUCGCUAUUUAACACUAGUUCCAGCCAGCAAAGCUAACAUUGAGCUAGCUUCACUUUGGGGGUUUUUCUUCACAGGGACGCUUAGUUAGGCAUGCCCCUUUGUACACCGCUUACUUACUAUCCGAAAUAGGGGGUCAUUUCUAUAUGUGAAGGAAAAUGGUGAUAUUUGUGGUAUUUUAUCCCGCCGUCACUGCGUCGUCGAUGCUAUUGCUAGGAUUUGGAUCCCCGUGAGGAAAAAAUGAGUGAAGAUUCAACAAAUCCAAACAACGAUGACAGUUAUGCGCGUGUGAGAGCAGUGGUCAUGACUCGGGAUGACUCCAGCGGUGGGUGGCUUCCCCUUGGCGGCGGAGGCCUUAGCUGUGUCACUGUCUAUAAGGUCAGCCGGGCGGAGGACAGCAACAGCACCCAUAGCGGAGGCAGUGGAGGAAGCAGCUGCAACCUCAGCCCCAGUAGCCCCAGUCCUAGUCCUAGUCCCAGCCCCAGUAGCCCCAUCGCUGUGGAGUUCCACAUCAGGGGCGAGAGGCUCAAAGACAAAUUGGUGGUCCUGGAGUGUGUCCUGCAGAAAGACCUAGUAUACAACAAGGUCAACCCCAUUUUCCACCACUGGAGGAUCAAUGACAAGAAGUUCGGACUGACCUUCCAGAGUCCCGCUGACGCCCGUGCCUUUGACCGGGGCAUACGCCGGGCCAUCGAGGACAUCAACCAAGGUUGUCGGUCGUUUGGGGAAGGGGAUAUUCCUGAGGAUGGACUACCGGUGUGUGAUGAGCCUCCUUCCAUCUGUACACCAAUGAAAGAGCCCUUCUCUCCCCUGAACAACGUUGUCUCCACCGAGCCAUUCAGGGGCUGCUACGUCCGCGCCCAGCCCUUCGACGAGUUCCCCUCUAGCAACCGCCGCUACCUGCCUCCACAGGUUUCUAAAUCUACUCGUCAUGUCAGCUUUCACAUGGACGAUGAGGAGAUCGUUCGCAUCAACCCACGCAAAGACGUGCUCAUCCGCGGCUAUGAGGACUACCGUCACCCUGUCAUGUGGAAACAGGAGGCUGACCGCGAGGACCUGGACUUCCCCACCGCCUUUCACAAACUGGACAGUAAGAAGUGCGAGUACCUCUUCCCCGAUGGUCCUGGUGGGGACUCCCACUCUGGCCCUGGUAUGGGCAUUGGAACAGGUAUGGGGCUGGGUCUGGGCAAGGACACAGCCAUCAAGACUCAGCCCUCCCCCCUGCUCAAGUCCAAGAAGGGCCGACGGCGACGAGAGGACGGGGAGCGUUCGCGCUGCAUCUACUGUCGAGAGAUGUUCAACCAUGAAGACAACUGGCGGGGGCAGUGCCAAGACGCCCCCGACCCCAUCAAGCAGUGCAUCUACAAAGUCAGCUGCAUGCUGUGCGCUGAGAGCAUGCUGUACCACUGCAUGUCCGACUCUGAGGGCGACUUCUCAGACCCCUGCUCGUGUGACACAUCUGACGAGCAGUUCUGCCUACGCUGGCUGGCCCUGGUGGCACUCUCCUUCAUCGCGCCCUGUAUGUGCUGCUACCUGCCUCUGCGCGCCUGCCACCACUGUGGCGAGGCCUGCCGCUGCUGUGGGGGCAAGCACAAGGCUGCGGGGUGACCUUACGCCGGACACUGGGACACCCUCAAAGCUAGCUAACACAGGAAGUGGAUAAAAGCGGAAAAUUAAAAGCCGGCAUCCUUUUUUCAUUCCCCUCUCAGACGGGGUGAUAUUGUUGAUCCCCAGCUCUGAGGGCUUUUGGAGAUUUCAGUUUGUGUUUGUCGCCGACAAGCAGCAGUGGAGGACAAACCAUAUGCUUUGUGGGAGCUCUGGGCAUCAAGCUAAGUUCAGGAGCUUAAUCUGGGGAGGAGAAUAGGAGAAGGAGUUAAGAUUAAUAGACUUGGAGAUGUUACUAAACACACCUGUACACGUACACACACACACGAACACACACGCAAACACACCUCUCUCUCUCACAUUCACACUCAUGCAUUGACAAAGCCAGGCCACAAAUGUCAGAACUGUACUACGAGUAAUGUGUAACUUUAUGAAGGAAAAUUGUCUUUUGUACAGAGAGCGACAAGUUAAUGACAAAAAAAAAGAAAACAAAACUAUUCUGCGUUCAGAAAAAAUACUUGCUGUUUGAGUAUGCUAAAAGGGAUAUGUUAUUUGCUUUUGUGAAUUUUCAGUUGGGUAACAGUGGCCUUUCCUUCAUGGCUUCAACAUUUGCUGACAAUGUAAUUACUAGACAGAGAAAAGUGCACUAGAAACGGUAUUUUCCCCCAGAGUAAAGGUAACCCUCUCAAAUUGAUGUGGUACAUUAACCACCAUAUUUUAGCAUAAUUUUAACAUUUGAGAGAUGUUGCUGUGGUGGAUGUAUGGCCAACUUAUUCCUUGUUUUCCUUUCAAUCGAAUGUUAAACUAAAAAAAAAAAAAAAAGUAACAGUUUGUUCUUGGUACAGCUUGGCAUAACUUUUGAUAUCUAGAAGAUGUUAAAAGGAUUACCUCGUCUUUCUCAAGGUGAUUUAGACCAUUUGAUUGCAUUCCAAAAUAAAGGGAUUGAUUCCAUGAUUUGAAGGGAAAAAAUGGUAACGACUUUACCAUGCUGACUUCCCUGAAAAAAUAGUUUUUCCAGGCCACAAUGAAAAAAAAAAAAAACUAUCAGAACCUCUUGAACCAUUUUAAUUGAAACCGGUACAUGACAAUUUCAUUCAGUUUGAGUCCAGUUAUUUACUGCUGUAGUGAAAUUGGUGUUUUGUUUCUUCAUUGUUAUUUUCCUGCUCAUUUUAUAAUUAUUUGUGAAACAAAGGCUGAAAAUGUUGCUCAACCAGCAAGUUUUGUUUUGGUGAGUAAGGGGUUGCAAUGCUUCUUGGUUAAAUAAUGAGGCACUUAAAUUAGGCAAUUCUUUGAUUGAGAAUCCCUCAGAUUUUGGAAUUAGUCUGUACAUAAACUUCACUAAUUUAACAUCCGAUUUGGCGUCUUUAAAGCACUGCUCUCCAAGCUUUGGUUGCAGCACCCUCUCCAAAUUCCCAUGUUUGUCCCACAAUCAGUUUUUUUUUUUUCGUUUUUUUUCUUAAUCCUGUCUAAGUGUAGUAUUAUGUUGUUCUUUUAAAAGUUAGUCCACUCCUUCCGUGUGUCUUCAUUUAACAGGUCCUGAAUGAAUGCGUUUCAGGAAUGCUGAG